AUGACUUCGACAGCAUUGAAACAAGCGGAUGGCAGUAAGAGCGUGCAGUGGUCCACUCCUAUACAAUUCGUCCACACCCGAAAACUGAGACCCUACGCUGUUCAACCCUGUCCCCCUGUUCCCGAAGAUGUUGAUCCAAAUCAACGUUACCCCGAUCGUGGCGAGCCCUCGGCGGAACCCUCCAUAUAUACCCUCGAUACAGAUGAUCCUUGGGCAAAAAAAUCCAUACUGAGUCUAGACGGAGGGGGUGUCAGGAAUUUUUCCUCGCUGUUGAUACUGCGAGAGCUCAUGAGAGCAAUAGGGAAACAUGAGCGCCGGAUGAACCCAGUUGCAAAAUCGAGCGCAUACUCUCCCCUCGUGAAUUGCUUGCCGAACGAAGGAGGCACCCCACAGGCGGACGGUUCUAGAUCACUCUUUGGGUACCUUCCGUGUCACUACUUUGAUUAUGUGUCAGGGACGAGUACCGGCGGACUGAUUGCGAUACUGCUGGGAAGACUGCGGAUGAGUGUGGACGAGGCGAUCGAAGAAUAUAAAAAGCUUUCCGCCAAAGUAUUCGAGAAACCGUCUUCGCCGUGGAAAAGAUUCUUGACGAACUAUGACAGUACCGCGAGGAGGGACAAUCUAAAGGAUCAAUUCGACUCAUUGCCUCCUACGAGGCUGCCGAGCCCUCAGGAGCAAGCCAAUCAAUUCAAGUCAGACCGCGCCAGGUGCAGAACCAUAGUGUGUUCGAUGAAAAGCAACGAAGACAAGAGUUUCCAGACCCCUUUUCUUUUCCGCUCAUAUGAUCGUAAGACUUCGUAUACCUCGCGUGCGCCAUUCGAGAGAAAUCCAGGUGACCCAAACACUUUUGCCAUCUGGCAGGUCGCCCGAGCAACUUCAGCCGCUCCAUCCUACUUCAAGUCUAUACAUAUGUUUGAGGCACGGUAUUACGAUGCCGCGACAAGCUUGAAUAAUCCGAGUUGGGAGGUUGUGAGGGAAGUCAGCUUGCUCGCAGAAGAGUCUCACGAUGCCAUCGAUCUCCUGUUGAGUAUUGGCGGUGGCAACGCCAAAGGCAACAACCCCAGGCUUAGGUUUGGUACGGAUUCGUUGCUACAAGAGCUGACCGACAUAUCUGACGUAGUACAUGAUAAGGUGAUGUUCGAAAGUAAGACUCAGGGAUUUGAUUACUUUCGAUUUGAUGUGAAGGAAGGACUCCAAGCUGUCCGCAUGGAUGAGUGGAGGCCGAAACCGGGCGGCGAAAUCACGCUCCAAAAGAUCGAAAUGGCAACCAAGAGUUACCUGAAACAGGAGGGCGUCGAAGCUUUGAUCCAACGGUGUGCAGCGUAUUUGGUCGAUCAACGGGCGCAAAGAGCACAGACAAUGCGAUGGGAGCGCUUUGCAACAGGAACUCGGUACAGAUGCCCACUGGCUGAUGACUGCCCGAUGCCAAAGGCUAAGUUCGACACCCGCAAUGAUCUGAUGGACCAUCUGCGAACAAAGCACAACCAGGCUCCUCCAGACGCUGACCAUUACCAACAUAUCCAGAAGCUGCUUGAUCGAGGGAGGACUAAUAGCGAAUAG